AUGGGUUUGAUACCGGUGGAGCUAGAUAUCGAAGGCAUUUACGAAGAUCAUGAUCGACGAAGGAGAAAGAAUGGAAAUGAGAAAGUAGUUUCUCCACACGUGCAUUCGCGUCGCCGAGCCCAAAAUCGAGCUUCUCAACGAGCUUUCAGGGAUAGGAAAGAGAAACAUAUGCGGGAGCUUGAGCAACGAUUGGAAGAGCUGGAGGGUCGUCACAGUGCUCUAUCGAGAUCAUAUGAGUCUCUACAAGUGGAGUAUUCGGGCGUCAAACAGGAGCUGGAUCGAUUGCGUAAAGUGAAGACCAAUCCCGAACGUUCGGCGUCGCCGUCACCGAGAGAAUAUGCGCAAUCCAAUCUUAAAGCUUGGGAUGAAUCAAAGGUGGAAAUUAUGGAUCCCUUGCUAUUCGACGUUUCUGCGUUCUGCUUUGAUCAGGAUGAGACUGGACCGCAGCACAAAGAGCAGGUUGUUUGA